CUGGGUCAGCACGGCCGCUGGGGGGCGGGCGGGUACCCGUUACCCCUCACCCCUCCCGCCGCCAUGCUGGUGGGCGCCUUCACGACGCUGCUGGGGGCGCUGCUGGUGCUGAGCCGCAGCCCGACGCUCUCCUGCCUGCUCACGGGCGGCCUCUACCUGGCGCUGCGGCUCUUCAGCCUCGAGCCGGUCUCCCUGCAGCGGGCCCAGCACAUCGUGCAGCCCCGCGGCGCCGCCGCCCGCAUCGCCCACCGCGGCGGCGGGCACGACGCGCCCGAGAACACGCUGGCGGCCAUCAGACAGGCAGCUGAGAAUGGAGCCACAGGCGUGGAGCUGGACCUUGAAUUCACUGCAGAUGGCAUUCCCAUUCUAAUGCAUGAUGAUACAGUAGAAAGGACAACUGAUGGGUCUGGGAGUUUACGUGAUUUUACGUUUGAAGAAAUUAGGAAGCUUAAUCCAGCUGCAAAACAUAGACUAUGGAGAGAUUUCCGGGGUGAAAAAGUACCAACUUUGAAAGAAGCCGUUAUGGAAUGUAUGCAUUAUAACCUUAUAAUCUACUUCGAUGUCAAAGGCCAUGUAAAUCAGGCAGUUGAUGCCCUAAAACUCCUCUAUCUGGAAUAUCCUCGUUUGUACAACAGUAGCAUUGUCUGCUCUUUCAUACCAGAGAUUGUCUAUAAGAUGCGGCAAUCUGAUAGGAACGUUGUUACAGCAUUAACACACAGGCCCUGGAGCCUUAGUCAUUUUGGAGAUGGGAAGCCUCGUUUUGAUUGCUUUUGGAAGCACUAUGGGUAUAUGAUGAUGGACAUCAUUCUGGACUGGAGCCUGCACAACUUCUUGUGGUACCUGUGUGGGGUUUCAGCUUUCCUCAUGCAGAAAAAUUACAUUUCACAAGAGUAUGUGAGGCAGUGGUCUUCACGAGGCGUUCAAGUGGUUGGCUGGACCGUGAACACAUUUACAGAAAAAAUGUACUAUGAGAAUGUCCUUGAGACCAGCUACAUCACAGACAGCUUGGUGGAGGACUGUGAUCCUCACUAUUAGACUUACACUGUAUGGGACUCUUAAAUAUGCCAUCCUGGUUCAUGCA